AAUAAACUUUAUAUAUUGGGUGGUGAUACAAGCAAUAUUAAUCAAUUUACACCCACAAAAGAUUUCUUUUAUCUCGAUGUUUCUGUCGCAUUUAAUACGAUAAAUAUUCCAUUGACAAAUCUAUCCAAUGUUUUUGGUACACCUAAACAUAGUAGAGCAGCUGUUUCCGCCGGCGGUCCAUACAAAGAUAUUAUUUUCUUAGUUGGUGGAGCAAUCGAGAAUUCUAGUGAUGAUACUCCUUUAGUUUACACAUUCGAUACUAUAAGAAAUGUAUGGAAUAAUCCUGUUAUUCAAGGAAUAAAACCACCUAGACGCGAAUACCUUUAUUCAAUCACUGAUGUUACAGGUAAAAUGUACAUUUUUGGCGGGUCAUAUAAUAUUGAGACAGGAAAUUCGAACUGGACUUUUGAUAAUCGAAUGGAUAUUUUGGAUACGAUCGGAUUAACUUGGUCAAAAGGAUCUCAACUCCAGGCACCCACAUCGAGGGAUGGCUAUUCUGUUACUUUACUGCCAAACGGUAUUAUUGCUUACAUAGGUGGAUAUGUAGCUAGUGGACCUGCAGAUUUAAAACAGAAUACCACUGGAACUAUUCCUAUAUCACGUGCACAUCAUACGUCGGUGCUUGGGAUAAAUAAUGAUCGUAUUAUCGUUUAUGGAGGAUUUAAAGUUAAAACUUCCCCAAUAGCUCAUGACCUUUCUGUAUUAGAUAUACGCAACAAACCAUACGAAUGGCUUAUACCAGAUAUUUCUGGUACUAUUCCACCUACACCAUCACGCCAUACUGCCAAUGUAAUCGGAAGAUAUAUGAUCGUUACUUACGGCAUCAUCUUCUUACAAAAUUAUGUAAAUCCUGACAUAAAUAUUCUCGAUAUUAGCAACGACUCUGAAUAUAAAUGGGUUAAAUCAUUCGAUCCUAACCCAUCUACUGGCAUAAUUAUUGGAUCCAUAAUCGGAACAGCUAUAGGUAGUAUUUUGAUUACAAUUUUUGCAUUUAUUAUUUAUCGGUGGUGUAAAAAACGUAAAUAUGCACAUACAAUUCCAACUCACGGAGAUUCAAAAAUAUAA